GUUCAAUUGUGCUACAUACUACAGCCUUCCACCCAAAGGCCCCGCCGCCAGUCAAUCUCGACGGGCUGGCAUAGGCGGGCGGCGCAGUCAAACUCACGCCAUCGAAGGUCGGUCCUAAAGCCUCUGUUUUUCCGAGGUGGCCAUCCCAUCUCUCAUCCGUCUCACUACCUACGUACACUACACUUCGCCGCGGGGGCCGCUUUCUACUAGUAUUUCUGGCCCUCGACUUCCGACGCCCAUCGCAUUCCAUUGCCGCCGAGCCGACAGACAGACAGCGCGGCGUCGGCACCCGCACCCGAGCCAUUCUUCGCUUCGACGCCGCUGCCAGCAGCGUCACCCUGCAGGAUUAGUGCAGACGGGCAACGGACGACCGGGCCUGCAGGCCGCAAGUGACAGGACUGGGGGGCCCUCCUGGGACUCCCGUCACCCUUACCCCUGGCCAGGCCAUCCUGUCGGCCCUGUUAGACCGCCUCCAUUUCGAGGCAAUCCCCUUUCCUCCCCUUCUCACUGUUAUUUCUCGCUUGAGCGAGCGCUAUCACGUCCCUGUCCAGUCAGUUCCCGCGCAAGGUGUGUGCGGCUUGGAUGCGGACGUGGUAGCAGAGCGUCAUCUGCCUGCCACAUUGCAGCACUGCCCAAGAUGGACCACGAGAAGACGACGACGACGACGACGACAACGACAACGAUAAGCAGUAGCGACCCCAAGACCCAGCAGCCCCCAGCAGCAGCCCUGCCCGAGGCCGACGAGUUCGGCCUUCCCAUCAGGCGCUACCCCGUGGCCGCCGAGCGGGACGGGUCGACACAGAGCGCACCCAGCAGCCCGGGCCCAGAUCGCGACGCACAAGACACGACUCCCAGCAAAGACAUCGUGGCGAAGCUGGAGACACAAUCCGAAGCUGCACGCGCGCAUUCCGCCCCUCCGCCGUCCAAGGGCCAGGCCGGGUCUGACAGCGACAGCGACGAGGCUGCCUUUGAAGAUGCACCGACCGCCUUAGCCCCGGCAUCUGGCGCCACCUCCCCAGCCAAGCCGACUUCUGCGCCGCAGACACCCAGGGCAGAGGCCCCGGUGAGGGGCACGGGCGCGGGCACGGCCGACGACGCUCGCCACCCGUUGGACACGGCGACGGCUGCAGACGCGAUCGCAUCCGGCCCAGCAACUCCAAGAGUCCAACAAGAGCCGACCGAAAAAGAUGGCGUCGCCGUCAAGGAUCCCGGUGUCGACGGACCGCUGGAACCCACAACAACGUCGAAAGCGACUGAUGGAAAGCAGCCCAUCUCACACAGCCGGGACCCGAGUGCUGCGACCACCGUAGACGGCAUCGGCUUGUCCGAGUUUUCGCAUCAGCAGCUGUCUGCGCCUCAAGAAGACAAGGAUGGUGCCAAAGAAGACGAAUGGCAGGUGAUGCCGUCCUACGCACGAUACGACAUGUACGAUGACGACAAUCGUUUGAUUGCUCGGGAGCAUAAUGAGGAAGACGAUGACAGUUACGGCUAUAGCGGGCUGGGCGGCGCGGGCAAGGGGUAUACACGAGUUGUCAUGGAUGAGGAUGCGCUGUCAGCCACGAGCAUGGACGACAACACACAGUACCUAUUCAAGGGUGCCAAGGGGACAGACGUGAUUGACGACGAUGAUGCCAGGGACGCCGUGUCACAGAUGCAAGCCACCAAGGAUCUCCUGACGGAGGGGCAGCGGAUCGCGUACGUCGGCGUGGUCCGCUUGGAGAUUGCCAAGCUGGUCAAAGAGGCCGACGAAAUCCCCAUCACGAGGAAGACAAAGAAGGAGGUGACCAUUGCCGCUGAGGCCUUUCGGAUGUGGGGCCAGAAGAUGAUGAUACGGCUGUACUCGCACAUGGAUAUAAGCGAGGCGGAGCAGAUCAUGAUUGAGCAGCUCGCCGAGCACGGCGUGGUCCCAGGAGACCUUACACCGGCGCUGCAUGCCAACUCAAGGGUACAGAACCCCAUGGCCGCAGACAAGGGGGGUACCGACAAGGAAGACGGCGAGAAGACGGCGAGCGACAAGGAGGCGAGUGACGGGAAAUCCUCCGAGGAGCGCGAGUCUAGAUCACCAUCGCCCUCAGGGAAAGAAAAGGCCGAGCAGGGGGCCGAGGAGGAAGACGAGGAGGAGGUUGCAGAACCGCCUCCUCCCUACGAAGCCGCCGAGGGCGCGGCCGUCCCCGAGGCCCAGAUGCCAUCGCAACUACCGACCACGGCGAAGAUCGACAUUGAUCUUCGAUGGACCGUCCUUUGCGACUUGUUCCUCAUCCUCAUUGCAGACUCUAUAUACGAUGCUCGGUCUAGGACGCUGCUGGAGCGUGUCGCCGCCAGCUUGGACAUAUCGUGGAUUGACAUUUGCAAGUUCGAAAAGCGAGUCACCGAUGCGCUGGAGAUGCAGCAAGCGGCGGAGAAGGAGAACUGGAACGAGGACGAACACAUGGAGGUGCGAAGGAAGGCGGCGCUCAAGAGGAGAUAUGUCAUGAUGGGCCUGGCAACGGUGGGCGGCGGCCUCGUCAUCGGCCUGUCGGCUGGCCUGCUGGCGCCUGUCAUCGGUGCAGGUCUGGCGGCCGGGUUCACCACCAUCGGCGUCACGGGGACGAGCAGCUUCCUCGCCGGCGCCGGAGGCGCUGCUAUCAUUACGUCUUCGGCCGCCGCCUCCGGUAGCAUCAUUGGCGUCAGGGCGGCCAACCGCCGUACGGGCGCUGUCAAGACGUUUGAGUAUCGGCCGCUCCACAACAAUAAGAGGGUCAACCUGAUCGUGACGGUAUCCGGGUGGCUCACGGGCAAGGUGGACGAUGUCCGCCUGCCUUUCAGCACAGUUGAUUCGAUCAUGGGAGACAUCUACUCGGUCCUGUGGGAGCCUGAGAUGCUGCGUAGCAUGGGUGACACCAUUAACAUUCUUGCUACAGAGGCUCUCACCCAAGGGUUGCAACAAAUUUUGGGCAGCACUAUCCUGGUCAGUCUGAUGGCGGCGCUGCAGCUCCCCAUUGUCUUGACGAAGCUGUCAUACCUCAUCGACAACCCCUGGGCCGUCUCGCUGGACAGGGCAACCUCUGCUGGCCUCAUCCUGGCAGACUCCCUCAUAGAGCGCAGCCUUGGCACACGACCAAUUACGCUGGUGGGCUAUUCGCUCGGCGCUCGCGUCAUCUUCUCCUGCCUUCAGGAGCUGGCAAAGAAGGGCGCACAUGGGCUGAUCCAAAAUGUCUAUCUCUUUGGCUCGCCCGUGGUGGUGAAGAGGGACGAGUACCUCCGGGCCAAGACGGUCGUAACGGGCCGCUUCGUAAACGGUUACAAUCGAAACGACUGGAUCUUGGGAUACCUCUUCCGUCUGACAAAUGGCGGCAUCCGGCGCGUGGCUGGGCUGGCGCCGAUCGAGGACUGCCCGUGGGUAGAGAAUAUGGACGUGACGGAGCAGGUUCCAGGUCAUAUGGAGUAUCGAACGGCCAUGCCCACGCUGCUGAAGAAGUGCGGCUGGGAAGUGGAGAGUGAGGAAUUCACGGAAAUCGAAGAUCCCGAUCCGGAGAACCACGGCGAGCGCCAGCGAGAACUCAUCAACGAGAUCGAAGAGGCGCGUAAGGAGCUGGAGAGAGAGGGCAAGGCAAAGAAGGGCAGCAAAUUCAGCAUCUUUGGCCGGCGCAAGAAGGCCGAGAAGCAAGAGUGGGAGGUGUACGAGGACAAUGCAGGCAAAGAUGGCGUAAAGGCCGACGGCAAGGAGGGCAGCAGCAACCAUGGCGUCCUGUUUGACAUUGAUGCGAUCCGGGCAGAGCUCGCCAAGGAUGCCCAGGACGGCCAGGAUCUUGAGGAGCUGCAAGUGAGAGAGAUCCAGACGACGCUGCCGCCAAUGAAGCUGGACCUAUCACCGGUCACGCCGUCAUCGUCAUCAUCUCCGGUCCUCGCACGACCCAACUCAUUGCGCGAGACGAAGAGCGCCGGCGCACUGCCCUUGCAAGGAACAGAGGAUCCGCCCAAGUCACACGGGCCAGCAGCCUACGGCAUGGGCGAUGGGGUGGACGACAUCCAAAUGACAUUCGACACGUCCUUCCAGGACACGGGCAAGAGUGAUUACGGUACGAGGGACGGCGGCGGCGGCGGCGUCAGCAGCAGCAGCAUCAGCCGUCCAGGGGUCACGUCGACGCAGACGUUGCCAAACAUGGUGCUGGCAGAUCCGUGGGGAGAUGCAGACGACGAGGAUUUCGGCAAAGAGAAGGAGAUUUCAAUGACAUUUGCAUAAGGAAGGACCGCGGCGCGCGCUCGGGGGCAUAGAAAGAUACUCUGGCAUAUUUUCGAGUCGAGUCUGGCGUUGGUGGGGUUUCAUUCGUUGCUUUCUCGCCGGUUCACGUCGGCGCGGUAUACUGAAUGUAUAAUGCGAGUAGUAGUAGAGGCGGCGG